AUGGCAGCCUCUGGGUUCAUAGACCUCCCAGCCUCUGUGUCUGUAUCGGAGAGCACCCGUCCCAGGAGUGUGGUGGUGGAGUUUCAGGUGCAGAGCUCCAGUCUUCUCCCCACAGUCAUCAUCCUCUCUGUCAACCCAGAGUUAGCAGUGUUUGAGACGCCCAUCGUAAACCCUACUAAAGUCUCUGGGAUCUUCAAUGUCCAGAUAGUGUUGAACGGUUCUCUGGACUAUGAGAAGGCCAGCAUGGUGAGUGUUCGUCUGGGCCUGGUCACUCCAUCAGGCCGUGUAGACCAAACCUUCCAUAUCAGAGUGGUGGAUGAGAACAACACGCCACAGUGUGAACCUCUGUUCCAGCUGCCUGGAGCUGAGGUUCAUGUCCCUGAGAACCUUCCUGUUCCUGUGACUCUCUACACUGUCCUGGCCUCCGACCCAGACCGCAACGACACUCUCUCUUUCUCUAUCAGUCAGGUCCUGCCCAACACCUCCAAAGAACAGUUCCACAUCAGUGGAGGUGGCAGCAUCAUCUCAAACCAACCAUUUGAUUAUCACACAGGGCCAAGGGAGUUGAUGCUGUCUGUGGUUGUGAGAGACAAACAUGGGGCUAACUGCACUGGGACAGUCAGGAUCAAGGUGCUGAAAGUCUACAACCCUCCCCUGGAUCUGCUUCUUGUUUCCCAGAAUGUGUCCACCUUUGAGAACCAAGGACCCGAGGAUAUUGUAGCUAUCGUCAGAGCUAACCUCACCAUCCCUGAUGUACUCUACACUUUUGUGAAAGAUUAUCCCCAUUUCAAGAUUGAGGACGGUAUCAUCAGAACAGCCUAUAACCUGGACCUGGAGGCGGAGCGGGCCCUGGCCCAAAGUGUUCUAUUGGUCAGAGCCUACAGUGUGGCAGUGGAACGCUCUGCUACCGCCACUGUCACGGUCAACGUUUUGGAUGUCAAUGAGUUCCCACCUUUCUGCUUCCCCUCAGUGUUUGUGCUGGAGGUGUCAGAGACCACUGAGGUGGGCAGCAGUCUGGGCUCACUGACCUGUGUUGACAUUGACGUCAGUAACCAGAGUGUGUCUCUCACACUUGUCGAGAACAGAUUAUCACUGUUCAAAUUCCGCCUCAGAGACGGACAGCUCCAGGUAAACAACACUCUGGACUACGACUCUGCAGAGAUAGCUACCAAUAACUUCCAGUAUGAGGCCACCAUCUUGGCUAUGGACACAGGCACCCCUCCUCUCACAUCCCAGGUGCGUGUGCUGGUCAGUGUGACCCCAGUCAAUGAACAUGAUCCAGCAUUUCAGACUUUGUUCUUCAGUGUCCCAGAGGGCACCAGGCCUGGUACGGCAGUGGGGACGGUGGUGGCCAGAGACACAGACUGGCCCUUUGACAACAUCCGCUACUCCAUCACUUCAGGAGAUGCCAUGUUCACUAUUGACCCUGAGGGAGGGGAGCUGUAUCUGGGCGGAGAGCUGGACUUUGAGGAGCAGCAGGUGUAUGUAGUGAGGGCUCAGGCUGAGGAUUAUGACCAGGAUGUGGACCGUACCAACCGCAAGAGAAGAACAGUGGACAUCACUGUGCAAGUGGAGGAUGUGAAUGAUAAUGCUCCAGUGUGUGACCCAAUCUCCUAUGAGUCCACCAUCUUCUCCACCUUGUCUAAUAAACUCCCCAUCCUCUCACUCAGCUGCACUGAUGCAGACGACGACGAACUAACAGCUACCAUCGCUAACGGUGCUGCAGUGGACCGGUUUCUGAUGACCGGGUUGAGUCUCUUCUCCAAAAAUGUGUUCUCCUACGUAGUGGAUGGGGUUUAUGACCGCACCAUGUUUGAAGUCACCAUUUCUGUGUCGGAUGGCAGGCAUCACACUGCGACUGUGGCCUACAUCUAUGUAGUUCCCUGGACCACUACUGUUCCUACUACUACCACUACAGCCAAGCCUCCACAGGUGGUCACUGUGAUGUCAGACUACUGGGAUCCAGAACCUUGGUUUGUUGCCGUGGUGACGGUUACCGGUGUCCUGCUCCUGGUAGUCACAAGUCUGCUCAUCUGGACCAUACUGAGCCGGUGA